AGGGAGGACAGGGAAGAAGAAGUGCGGGAGGAGGACAGGGAAGAAGUGUAGGAGGAGUGUACUUUGAAUGCGAUUUGAAACCAAGAAACAAGUGCACAUGAAAACACAGCAGUGUAGUCUAUGCCAGAUCUCAGCGUGCUGAUCGCUCUGCUCACCGGGAAUUAUAUACGGAGAUAAUGAUCGCAUUUUAAGGACAGUCCUGCUAGACUUUCUCAGCUUUCCAAUUCUAAAUCGCAUCCACGAAUCUGCGAAAUUGUCGGAUGUGUGCCCUGAUCGGACCUACUACAGCCCGGAUCGUAACCUUGGUGGAAAGAAGUGCAGCACAUCAUCAUUGAUUGACGGAUCAUCAAGCUGAAUUUACAGGAGAGCAUGCCACAAACCCCUUCUCUGGUAGCCAUGUUUGACAGCAGUAGUUAUAACCGUAACGUGUAUCAUUCAAAAGAAGAGAGUUCUGCUGACUUGUAUUACCAAGAGAACAACUUGCUAUCUGGCUCCCUUGAAGCACUCAUCCAGCACUUGGUGCCCAGCGUUGAUUACUAUCCGGAUCGAACGUACAUCUUCACCUUCCUUCUCAGCUCUCGACUCUUCCUUCAUCCUUUUGAAUUAAUGGCUAAAGUCUGCCAUGUUUGUAUUGAACAGCAGCGACUAAAUGAGCCAGGCACUGAUAAGAGCCACAUCAGAAAAAUUGCACCUAAAAUCCUUCAGCUGCUGACAGAAUGGACCGAGACCUUCCCUUACGACUUCAGAGACGAGAGAAUGAUGAGAAACCUAAAGGACACAGCUCACCGCAUCACUCAUGGAGAUGAGAUUUACAGAAAAACUGUCCAGCAAAUUAUUCAAAACCUUAUCCGGAAAUUAGCUGCUUUGAGCCAGUAUGAAGAACUUAUUGCCAAAAUUAAUGCCCAGUCUGCUGAUCGUAUGGCCAUCUUAAAGAGCAAACCACAGUCCAUACAGAGGGAUAUCAUCAGUGUCUGUAGCGACCCCUAUACUUUAGCUCAGCAGCUCACUCACAUAGAACUUGAGAGGCUAAGUUACAUUGGGCCAGAAGAGUUUGUUCAAGCUUUUGUCCAGAAGGACCCAUUAGACAACAAUGAGCAGAGUUGUUACAGCGACCGAAAAAAGGCACGGAAUUUGGAAGCCUAUGUAGAGUGGUUCAAUCGGCUAAGUUACCUUGUUGCAACAGAGAUUUGCAUGCCUGUUAAGAAGAAGCACAGAGCCAGGAUAAUUGAGUUCUUCAUUGACGUUGCUCGGGAAUGUUUCAACAUUGGAAAUUUCAACUCUCUCAUGGCAAUAAUUUCUGGCAUGAACAUGAGCCCUGUGUCUCGGCUAAAGAAAACUUGGGCAAAAGUCAAGACGGCAAAGUUUGAUAUUCUUGAGCAUCAAAUGGAUCCUUCCAGCAACUUUUACAAUUACAGAACAGCUCUGCGUGGGGCAGCUCAAAGGUCUCUAACUGCCCACAGCACCAGGGAGAAGAUUGUUAUCCCAUUCUGCAGCCUUCUGAUUAAGGACCUCUACUUCCUCAAUGAGGGCUGCACCAGUUGUCUCCCUAAUGGACAUGUCAAUUUUGAGAAAUUCUGGGAGUUGGCAAAGCAAGUCAGCGAGUUCAUGGCUUGGAAGCAAGUUGAAUGUCCUUUUGAAAAAGAUCGGAAGAUCUUGCAUUAUGUUCUGACGGCUCCAAUAUUCAGUGAAGAUGCACUGUAUCUGGCCUCCUACGAGAAUGAGAGUCCUGAGAAUCACACUGAAAAGGACAGAUGGAAAAGUCUGAGGUCAGCACUUUUGGGCAGAGUCUAAUGUAUGAAGUGGCUGCUGUAGAAUGGCCAUUAUUUAUGGACACAUUUGCACUGAGUGGGAUUUGACUGAUUGGAGCAUGUCAGGCAGCCGAGUCGUUUCUCCAGCACAGCAAACGUGAAUCACUGCAGCUCGAGGGCAGACAGGCAAAUGAAAUGAAUUUCCAGUGACUGGGCUCUGGUGACUGUUUAGGACAAACAAUUAUGGCUAUUUCACAGUCUUCCCUGAGCUCCGCUUUACCUCUUGAGUUGCAUAUAGAUUCCUUGCUGGAUUUCACCUUCUGCUUAUCAAUCCAACCCAGCUGUCGCUCCUACACAGUAAGAAUAUUGUCGCCCAGUGUGCUGCAGAAGACCAGAGUACUUUAAGGAGAAGACAACAAAGAAAACCUUGGACAAAAAAAAAAAAAAAACAAUCUAU